AUGGCGCCACAAUUCGCUAACAAAGUUGUCAUAGUAACCGGAUCCAGCGCUGGUUUGGGAGAGGCCAUGGCCAUCCUGUUUGCUUCUAGAGGGGCCAAGGUCACUCUGUGUGGACGCGAUCAGCUCCGACUGCGGGCAGUUAUGGAUAAGGUUGUGAAAAUCAGCGGUGGUCACCAGGAUAGGUUCCUAACAGUUUCCGGAGACUUGAAAGACCAGAAAACACGAAAGGAAAUAAUUGAACACACUAUUGAGAAGUUUGGACGGCUAGAUAUUCUUGUGGCCAACGCUGGAGUUUUAUCAACCUGCAGUUCCUUUAUGGAAGAAACUGAAAACGAAUUUGACACUGUUAUGAACACCAACUUAAAAUCAGUGUUCUUUCUCAUCCAACAAGCUGUGCCGUAUCUGGAGAAAACUAAGGGAAGCAUCGUAAAUAUAUCAUCCAUUGCGGCACUUAUGAUAAUGACAAAUGCGAUUACUUAUUCACUAAGUAAAGUAGCUCUCGAUCACCUGACAAAAUGUUUGGCUGUGGAGCUAGGCCCAAAAGGCAUUCGAGUGAAUUCAGUAAACCCUGGAUAUUUCCCAACUCUGGUCCUUAGAGAUCUUAAAGAUCCGGAAGAAGCCCAGAGACAAAUCGAGAAAGCGGAGAGGCAUCUUCAACCUCUUAAAGGGAGAAUCGGAGUUCUAGAUGAUGUUGCCGAAGCCGUGGCUUUCUUGGCAUCUCAAGCUGCUGGUUUUAUCACAGGGGAGCUAAUCACAGUCGACGGCGGCAGGAGUUUCACAGGAACUACUGCAUGGUCAUUUGAAAAAUAA